UUGUCAUAGAACAAAACAUUUUCUAUAUUUUUUUCUGCACGAAAAUAAAAUUCACAUAAAUAAAAAUGUCCGACACGCCACACGAGCGUAACUCAAACUCGAAAACAAAUCUGAUUGAAGUGCAGCACGUCGGCGUCACAGCCAAACUGCAAUCGCCGCUCAAAAAUCUGCUACAAUCAUCACUUUCUUCCACAGAGACGGACAAUGGUCAGUUGCUCUUUCACGACCAUCAUGGACACAAGCUAAAGUACAAUAAAUUCUCCAAUGACACACAAGCUGAGACGGAAACAACCACCGAGAAUCCAUCCAAAUUACUCUACGAAAUGCAUGCCGUACGCGAGGCCUCCACACGCCAUCCGGGCAAACGCAAUCCAACGCCUUCAAAAAUCGAAUUUCAACUAUAUAAAACGGCUACGAAACGUGUACGCCGCUCGAAGAGUACACCCGCUAGCAUGUUGAAAUGCAGCAACAAGAAGAGUAAACGCAAACUUUUCGCGGAACCUAAAAGUGCCAGCAAAAACACGGCCAACCAUUGCAACUGUAAAUGCAAUAGCGAUAAUACGAUUUUGCAACGUUUACGACAUUCGCUUGAUAACAUGCGUGCAUCGCGUCCGCAUGCAUCAAAACCUAAAGCGCCCAAAUGUGACAACAUUUUCGACGAUUUUCCCGAGCCGGUCGCGCCACAGCAACGCAAAAUGAAGAACGAUUUCAAGCAGCAACCAAGAGAUGUCACACCGCCACCAACGCGCAUCGGCAUCUAUCCUUUCGAACAUGGUUGUGCUGAAUAUUUGCGCACAACUGAUUGUCAGCCACAAUUACUAUCCGUAGUGCUGGCAGAACGUGCCACCUACUAUGCCACACGCUUCUGGGCGGAGUUCUUUGGCAGUCUGCAUAUUGGUGUCACUUUCAUUGUUACUUUUGUGCUACAAGCUUAUCGUUUCGUGCUCGUCUCGCUGAUAAAUACGCUAGCGGUGGGCUUUUUACACAUGACUUCCGAUUAUUUAAUUAAACCGAUAUUAACGGUAAUCUUCAAUGGCUUUCUACAACCGCCAUUUAUACUAGUCUACAACAUACUUACCUCCGUGCGUGAUAUACUGGCGCCUAUAGCAGAGACAAUAAAUAAUUUUAUGCGACCCAUCGCCACGGUAGGUAGGAGUGUUCGGCUAGUGCAUGUGACCUAUAACAAUAAAAAGUUGGUGAAAGAUGUUUGAUGAGCUGUUUGAUUGAGUUGUUGUUGUUUUUGUAUGCAAUUUUUUGACUUAUAUUAGUUGUUGUUUUUAUACAUUAAUUAAAAUAUUUAUUUU